CAACAUUGACCGCCGACACUCACCACGACAGCCCCUGGGCCAACGUGAACAUGUCGGCAGAAGGAUCUCGUAAGCCGCAGGUGGUCGUCGUCGGCGGCCAAUUCGCGGGUAGGCGCGCUGCCAAGCUUCUGCGCCGGGGGGGUCAAUUCGGUGUCACGCUCGUCGACGCGAAAAGCUUCUGGGAAUACACCCCGGGCGCCCUGCGCUGCCUGGUUGAGCCGAGGGCAACGCGGCGUUUACUUCAGCCUCAUCCUCCUGGAACCGUCAACGCUACGGCGGUUGGGUUCGAGAAAACGAAGACGCAGGAAGGGGACGCAGUGAAGGGCGUGAAGCUGAACGACGGGUCGAAUCUACGGGCGGACUACGUCGUCCUGGCUACUGGUUCCUCCUACGUCAGCCCCAUCAAGGCCGCCAGCGACAAACCGUGCAGCGUGGAGGACAGAAAGAAGAACAUAACGGCAGCACACAAAAACCUCGCUUCGGCGCCGAGUGUGCUCAUCGUCGGCGGGGGAACCGUAGGCGUCGAGUUGGCUGCUGAGAUCGUUGGAGUGUGGGGGAAGUCAAAGAGUGUCACACUCAUCACGCCACACAGUCGCCUUCUCGAAAGAAUGCCCCCGCGAGCCGGUAUGCUCGCUCAGCGCUGGCUCACUAAAAAGGGAGUGCGCGUCAUUCUCAACGAUCGCAUAGAAGACUGGGGGGGUUCGAAGACUGGCGGCGAUCCGGCGCUGAAACCUUCGGGCGGCACGUGGAAGCUCCAAACGCGCGGGGGCGAAGAGCUUCACGCGUCGCUGGUGUACCCGUGCAUAGGCGGCGCUCCCGCCGCGGGCCCGGCGGAGAAAUCGUCUCUGGGAUCACGUGGUGAGGUCAAUGUGGACGACUCGUUUCGUGUCGAGGGACUUCGUAACGUCUUUGCGGUUGGGGACUGUGCGGGUACGGCAGAGGAGAAGACGGCGUUCACUGCGGACCUGAACGCCACCGCGGUGGCGCACAACAUCAGGGCGGCGCAUAACGGGAAACGGGUGAAGGAGUAUCCGAAAGUUUGCGGGGCUCAAUCAGUACCCAGCAUCGCCGUCGUGAGCCUCUACAAGUGGAGCGCGGUGAUGCAAUUCAAUAAGCUGGUCUUUGGUGGUCCCGUCCCGGCGCUCGUGAAGUGGUUCAUCGAGACCAUGCAGGUGCAUGCAGCGAAAGAGACUCCAGUGCUGACGGAGCUUUGGGACGUCGUAGAGCAGACCAACGUCUUCCUAGGGGGUUUCAUGUUCAAGUAGCUCGUUGCCUUAUGUCUUAGCCUGUCAGCGAUUUGUGAUGCUAUGAGACUUUCACGCGCCC